CUGGUGAAAGGAUAUGCUACAAACUUUAAAAUCGAGUCUUCAUUUGGCAUAGAGGCUUCUGAGCUAUAUCCUGAGUUCAGUGUUGCUAAGAAGAAAGAUGGAGGGUUCUGCAAGGCAUGGGAGAAGUCCUCACCUUUAUUCCUCUGUUUUGUUGAAGCAAAGGAGGAGUGGUUACGAGCCUUCUGAUACGGAAACAGAAUGGCAAGAAAGUCCAUGGCAUGAUCACAACCAAACAAAUGAAGCUGGUGAUCUUAACAUGGUUUCUGAUUUGCCCAGAAACAUAAAGAUAAGUCCUAUGAGACUUAGACAAAGAAAGUCUUCAAUGUUUGAGUACCAAGAUGGAUCUUCCGCGGGUAAUAAGGAUUCAAGAAUUGGCCCAACUCAAAGGAGAGCUAGCAGCAAGUCACCGUAUAAGCCAAGGAGGGAUGAUGGCAUUGAUCUUUUGCUCAAACCCAGCUUGGAUGUCAACCGAAACAUUAGACCACUGUCCAAAUUUGAGCGUAGAAGAUAUAUUUCUCCUUUUAAAUCUGAAAGAGUAGACAAAGAAGUGGAUGCUAAUGGGGUUAAGGAUGAUGUUCUUGUGUCAAACAGAUGGCAAAAUCAAAAAACACCUGCUAGAAAUGAAAGGGAAAGUAAUUCACAGCUUCAUGGAGUCAGUAAGGUGAGUGAAAGCCUGAGCUACAAUCGAAGAUCAGUCACUGCCCCGAGACUGAGAAAAUGGGAGAUGGACCAACAGAAAUUACAGAACAGCAAUGGGAAUCAAGUGAAGCGAAGGGGAGAGAGAACUCCAUCGCCUUUAGCUAGGAACAUAAUGGGGAAGCAUGGUGAAGUUUCACAGCCUGCAAAAUCACCAUCAGUUGGGGAACUCAAUGAAAUGGUUGCCAACUCAAAGAUGUCAAUAGGGCCUUUGUUUGAUGUUGCAAAUAUUGAGAGCACUGAGUCUAUUUCACCAGGUGAUAUCUUCUUCUCUCAUGAUCACACUGCCUUGGCAAUGCAGAAAAAUUCUAUGCUGAACAAAACUGGUUCUGACAGCCAUUUUCUCCCCGAGCCUCCAGCGUUUUCCCAGAAAAAGUUUAUCUCUCAUCCGCAAGCUGGUAAAGUAAACGGUAGUCUUGAUCAGAAAACAAGAAGGGUAAACUCAAUGAAUUCUGGUUUCUCACAAACUACUAUGACCUCUAGCUCCAAUAUUAGCAGGCAGAGUAGUAAGCUUAGCAGCAGAAGUAGUAAAGCUAGUGAAGUUAGUGGGAGAACAAGCGUAAGCAUGGGGAAGUUCACAGCGAAUAGGCGCAAAAGCCAGACAGAUACAUGGUUUGCCUGUAUGAGAAAGGGGGCCUGCAGGACCCCAAAAUCUCCGGAUAGGACAGCGAUUGACGAGACCAAUUUUAUUGAGAAGGCAUUUGUGGUUGAAGAACUUGGGCCAUUUUGGGCUGAUAAGCAUCAACCUGGUUCUUUAAAUGGAUUCAUUUGCCAUAAACAAGAAGCUCAGCUCCUCAAGCAACUUGUAUCCCGAGAAAGUUGUCCUCAUAUUCUAUUCAAAGGACCAUCAGGAUCUGGAAAAAGAGCCUUAGCAAUGGCUCUGCUACAUGAAAUAUAUGGCGAUCAAUGUUGGAACGUAUCUCAUGAACUAAGAUUUUUCCCAGUUCAGGAAAAACGGCCAAUACAAGUACCUGUUCCAAUAACAUCCAGUACUCGCCAUAUGGAGCUUAAUGUAAAAUUGGAACCAAAUGCUAAAUAUGCAUUAAUGGGUUUGGUCAAAGAAAUAAACAGCCGCUAUGCAAUCCCUCCUGAAGUGAGCAAUGCUAGUCUCAAGGCAGAUUAUAAAGUUAUAGUUCUUUAUGAAGUGGACAAAGCAGAAGAGAACAUCCAACACUUGAUAAAAUUGAUUGUGGACCGAUACACAGACGUCUGUAAACUCAUCCUCUGCUGUGAAGAUGAUGCUAACAUCAUAGAACCAGUGAGAAACCUCUGCACAAUUAUCAAGGUUGAUGCUCCUAUAACUCAUGAAAUCAUGGAGAUACUAAUUCAGAUAGCAAGGAAGGAGGACAUUGAUCUGCCUAUGAGCUUUGCAGCCAAAAUUGCUACAAAAUCGAAGCAGAACUUAAGGAAAGCAAUCAUGGCUCUUGAAGCAUGCAAAGCAAACAACUAUCCUUUUGUUGAUGACCAGCCAAUUCAACUUGGGUGGGAAGAGGUCUUGAUAGAAAUUGCUGCAGAAAUCUUGGCUGAUCCAUCACCUAAAAGAUUGUUUUUCCUUCGGGGAAAAUUUCAGACACUUCUCGUAGACUUUGUUCAUCCAAAGCUGAUUCUUCAGAAGCUUGUAGAACAAUUCCUCAAGGGAAUUGAGGCUAGUUUAAAAAGGGAAGUCUUUUACUGGCAUGCUUAUUAUGAGAAGAGGCUUCCGGCCGGAACCACUGCUUUGCUGAAACUAGAAGAAUUUGUGGCCAAGUUCAUGAGUAUAUACAGGAAGAGCUCGAGGAAUCGACAAUUUGUAUAAUCUUAAUAUUCUCGUUAGUACUUGUGGGUUGAUUACGGGUAACAUGCCAUCAUCUAUAGCUUAUUCUUAAAGCUAUUGGUGCUGGUAGGUAAGAGUUGAAGAUGAAACAAUUAAAGAGAGUUACAGAAAUCCAAAGCUAUUGUUCAUGAGAUCCUGCAGCA